CAUGAAACCUGGAAAAAAGACUUUAAUAUUAUUAACGUUUUUUUUAAUAGUCUGAAACUGUGUAAAGUGCUAUGGUAUUAGACAACAGUUCAAUAGUCGAUAUUUUAUGUGAGUCCAUUGCCCCUUGGGAUUAUUAUAGAGAUAUUAAAAGUGACAAGAAGACAACCCUUGCUUAUGAAGAAUAUCUUGUGAAUAAAAAUGUUCCAGAUUUUUUUAGUCCACCUUUUAAUCCGAAGGAUUCUGUAAACACUAUCCAAUUGACUUCAUUUGACACGGACUUGGCUAAGUCUGAGCAAUCUGAGGAUGAUAGCGAUAUGGUCUUACGAAAAAUAAUUGACGAAAAAGUUCAAAGUCAUGCAAAUGAUAUCGCGCCAGAUUGUCAUCAUCGGGAAGCGUGUGAAGAAGAUUCAACAAAUCAUAUUCUUCCACUCGACCAAAACGCCAUGGAAAAGAAUUCUUCUUCUUUUCCCAAAGAAAAUGUCCAAAAUGCCGCUAGUGAUUUGAAAAAAAAAAAUUAUAUUUUAAAAAUUAAUUCUCUCCCGUUACAAUUUUCAUCUUUGAAGGUUUAUUGGGUGAAAUUUUAUGCAUUAUUUUUACUCGAGUUGAAACAAAUUAUUCAAGUAGCCAAACAAUCGACAACUCUUGAAUCAGGAAUGUGUAAGCAUCUUAGUACAGAAACGGAACCGCCAUUUUUUUUGUUAAGUCUGACGAUUCCCGAAAAUAUUACCAAAGAUAUUCAUUUCAAUGAUUUAUGUUUACUUUCACUUUUUGAAAAAAAUGUACAAGAAGAGAAAGAAGAAUUGAAAGAAGAAACGGAAAAAGAAUUGAAAGAAGAAACGGAAAAAGAAACGGGAAAAGAAACGGAAAAAGAAACGGGAAAAGAAACGGGAAAAGAAACGGGAAAAGAAACGGGAAAAGAAACGGAAAAAGAUAUUUUUGAAGAGGUAGAAGAAUUAAUGAAAGGAAUCUGUAAAACAGAAGAGAAAAAAGUAAUAGAAAACAAAAUGUAUGAUAUAUCGCAAGAACCACCGACUCAUAUUUUAGGAAUUGUUAAAGAUGUUGGUCAUCAUGCAAUUGUAUUAAAAAUUUACGUUCCUUCGAUUGAUCCAAAUGAUACAAUUUUACUUAAUCGUUUUAAAUUAUUAAUUAAAAGUAUGGAAAAAAAAAAGCAGGAUUGGGUUUUAACGCCUCUGAUUAGUUUAGUGACCCAUAUUCGCGAAUGUGAGGCAUUGUGCAGUUUGGAUAAAUCACCAUUGGUAAAACAUUUGCUAAAUUGCAAUGAGAAAAAAACAGUAAAAGUUAAGGUAUUAAGUAUGAGUAGCUUAGAGAGUGGGAGUGCGGAAGUUGAGAGUCCUAUGACCCAACCGUUACGCAAUCUGUUGUCCAGCAAAGAUAAUAAUCUAAGAAAAUGUUUAAGUCAAUCAACAGUGGAAACGGAGGGCAAAACAUCUUGUGAAACGUUUGAUAUACCUUCAACAUUGAAAACAAAAUUAGUAGAACAUUAUAAUGAAUCGCAAUUACAAGCCAUUUAUGAUUGUUUAAAAACAACGGGCAUUACACUCGUUCAAGGGCCUCCUGGAACGGGUAAAACGACAACUAUUAUGGGAAUUAUCAGUGUACUUUUAAGCGCCUUUUUUAACAAUACCAAUAGUACAAGGACGCCAUCGUUAUUACCGAACAAGGCGCAUACACCGGAGAGAUAUGGAACGGAGCGGGAAAGCUCCGACGAUUCAAUUGAUAUCCAAACUUGUGGUCUUUUUGGAAGGAAAACAACGGAUACACAAAUGAACAAAAUAAAAAGGUUACAACCCUGGAUUUAUAAAGAAGAUUUCACUUGUUGGUCAGAUCUUCCUACGUUUGCUUCUGAAGAUCUAGAGUUGUUUAAGGAGCGAAAUGCUCAUGAGACAGAUUUUGUGAUGGAUUGGACUUCGAGUCUUCACGAUAAGCGACCACAAAGGAUUUUAGUCUGCGCACCGUCCAAUGCAGCUCUUGAUGAAAUAAUGACUCGGUUAAUUGCACCAUCUUCGGAAGGCGGUGGUAUUUUUAAUAAUGAAGGAGAACGGUAUAACCCUACGGUUCUUCGGGUUGGAUCCCAUGCCUCUGAAAAAUUUACUCAUCAUUCUUUUGAAGCUUUAGUUGAACAAGCGUUCAGAUCACAAAUGGGUAGAAAAAGAAAAUGUGGAAGAAAAACUUUUCGAACGACAAUCAUUGAAAAUACACAAAUUGUAUGUGCCACAUUAUCCAUGUCGGGAGCGGCUUCCUUAACACAAUGCAAUGUUGAAUUCGAUACGGUGAUUGUUGAUGAGGCGUCGCAAGGCAUUGAAUUGUCCACACUUAUUCCUUUGAAAAUGGGUUGUACGCGUUUAAUCCUUGUUGGUGAUCCGAAACAGCUUCCUGCUACUGUUUUUUCAAAUAUUGCUAUUAAAUAUAAUUAUAAUCGAUCAUUAUUUCAACGUUUGGAAAGAUCAGGGAAAAAAGUCAAUAUGUUAUCAAUUCAAUACCGAAUGCACCCAUGUAUAUCUGCUUUUCCCUCAAAAAUGUUUUACGAUCACCAAUUAAAAGAUGCUGCUGGAAUCGUGGAAAAAUUUCAACUUCCUUUUCCUUGGUAUAGUAUUCCUAUUUUUUCUCCUUUUGUGUUUUUUUCCUUGAAAUCGAAAGAAUCCUUGAGUAACGAAUCUUCUUGGUUUAAUCUCAGGGAGGCGUUAUUUAUCGUUGAAUUCAUCGAGUUGCUUGAUUUGUUGUUUUUUCAUAUCUCCAAAGACAAAAAAUGGAUGAAAAGACUUGCUAUUUUAAGUCCAUACGCGGAACAGGUUCGAGUGAUUAAAUCACUUUUGCAACAGAAAUCCAUGUCAUUGAAUUUUAAUAUUAACGACAUUGAUGUGCAAACAAUUGAUGGAUAUCAAGGGCGUGAAAAAGAUUUCGUUAUUUUUUCUGCUGUUCGAGCUCAACCUGUGACUGUAGAUCCUAAUGGUCACAAAGGUCGCGUUGGUUUCCUUGCUGACGUGCGUCGAAUGAACGUUGCUUUGACUCGAGCGCGUUGUAAUUUAUGGGUUGUUGGUUACGGGGAUUAUUUAAAAACAAAUCUUCAGUGGUCUAUUUUUUUAAAUCAUAUUGAUAGUAACAAUUCUAAUAUUCCAGUGACUGAUCAUUUGUAUCCUACACCUCAUUUUUGCUUUCAUUGGCUUUCCGACUAUAUUAAAAAUACGGCUGAAGCCAAACAAUUAUUGGCUCUUCAUGCUUCAAAUUUUCAUGGAGCUUUAAAAAAAAAAGUUCAAACGCUUUUAAAAGAGGGAAAAAAACGUGCUAAAUUAAUUGGUAUAUAAAAGCAUCAGUCUUUUUCAUGGAAAUCCCAACAUUCUUUUGACAUGCGUAUCAAGUCUGUCACGUCUCCUUGAAAAAACAAAUGCAACCAACUUUACAUUUCAUUUCUUUUAGACUGAUUUUUCAAAGUGUUAAAAAAAAUGGUUCUGUUUCAACGUCUUUCUUUUAUAAACGUAUCCAUUUUGUCAAGUUGAAUGUUUUCAAGACGCGUGUAAACAAAAAAAAUGCAAGUCUU